GUUAACUCUUGUGUGCACCUUUAUAUAAUGGCACCAUUAGAAGUGAUAGGUGCAGCUUAUAGUCGAUCUGGAACAGAUAGCUUACGCGCUGCUCUUGAUAUACUUGGUUACCGCACCCUUCACGCCAAAGUCAUGUUAAUGGAAAAAGUUGGAAGGCCUGAACUUUUUGAAGACGCAUAUGACCAUCCUGACAAGCCCGUGGACUGGAAUUACCUUUUCGAUGGCUUUGAUGCAGCCGUAGAAUUCCCAGCGAUCUGCUUUGUCCGACCUCUUUUAGAAGCAUACCCAAACGCCAAGGUCAUUCUUAUUGAGCGAGAUGCGGACAGCUGGUAUGAGUCUGUCAAGAACAAUGUCAUCAAGAUGCUUGAAGUUGCGGAGGCGCGAGAACUUUCAGAGCAUGGUACACAUCUAAUACGCGCAUUUGAAAAAUUAUGGCUCGAUGGUGUACUCCUCGAUCCAAAGUUGCGGGCAGAUGCAGAGGAAGUGAAAUCAAGAUACAAAGCGCAUAAUGCGUGGGUCAAGGAGCAUGUGCCACAGGAACGGUUGCUAGCAUUGAAGCUUGAAGAAGGCAUUAACUGGGAUAAGAUGUGUGCGUUCCUCGGAAAGCCCGUCCCCGCAGAACCGUAUCCACGAAUCAAUUCUAGCAAGGAAUUCAACGAGGAAAUACCGAACUUUGCUGAGAGACUAGAAGAUUUGUGAUCACAUUGUUAUCCUGGUAU